AUGGCUAACAACAGCUCUCUGAUCAGUUUAAAUUCUUCGAUUGGAACAGGCAUUGACGCAGUGAUUUUUGUUCAGGUUUUGGUCUCAAUUCUUCUUUGCAUUAACUUCAUAAUGAUCAAAACAUUUUCUUUGAAGGAUACUUUCUACACUAACAUGCGCUACAUGUUAUUUGCCAACACAAUAACAUCUGACUGCAUAAAUCUAAUUCUUACUAAUUUACUAUUGAUCUUAACAUAUUUUAAAAUUGCCAUUAGCAAGUUCUUGUGCCUUUUUUUGGUCAUUAUAUCAUGUCUUUAUAAUUUUGUCACCCCAGUGACUCUGACAGCAAUGACCCUAGAGCGUUUUGUGGCUAUUUGCUUGCCUCUGCGUCAUGCCGAGCUGUGCACCACAUAUAGAGCUUUGCAGAGCGUCCUCAUCAUUCACUGCAUCAGUUUUAUUCCCUGCUUCGUGUUUUUACUGUUUGUUUUUUUUGCCACCUUUGAAAGUUUUAAACAAACAACAGUAUGCACUGCAGAAAUGUUCAUUUUGCACAGUUGGCAGGGUGAUCUGAGAUCAGCUUUGAGUCAGUUCUACUUCUUAAUCAUGUUCAUCAUCAUUGCUUUCUCCUAUAUCCAAAUAAUGAAAGUGGCCAAAGUGGCAUCAGGAGAAAAUAAGAAAUCAACACAAAAAGGCCUCAGAACGGUGCUCCUUCAUGGUUUCCAGCUGCUGCUCUGUCUCAUCCUGCUGUUGUGUCCCUUUGUUGAAGCUGCUGUGCUUCGGAUUGAUCUCUACCUUUACAAGAGUCUCAGAUACUUAAACUACAUAAUAUUUAACCUUGUUCCAAGGUGUCUGAAUCCUCUCAUUUAUGGCCUCAGGGAUGAAGCUUUUUUACUUGCUCUUAAACAAUUCAUGUUCUGCAAUCAGUUCAACAACAAAGUAAAAUGGUGAUUGAAAAACUGAUGGUGAUUCAAAUGAAUAUCACACUUGUUUUUGUUUAUUUUACACGUCACCUAAACUGAUAAAUGUUGGAUGUUUAAUAGAUAUAAAAGAACUGAAAGGUCUUAUGAUUAGGUGGGUAAUCUGUUGCUGGGAAGAUAAAUUGUAAUUCUAGUUGGUCAUUCUAAGAUUUACUAUUUUAUUCUUAUUUAUUUCCUCGUGGGGAAAGGCUUUUUCAGUCCGCGCCCCAAAGUUAUGGAACUCAUUACCACUGCAGGUUAGGCAAGCUUCCUCUAUCGGCGUCUUUAAAUCUCGUCUGAAGACCUUCUACUUCACUUACGCAUUCGAUCCCUAAUUCCAUAACUCCUUAGCUCAUCCAUUGUCCCUCCUAGACGAUUCAAUUUUAAUUUUGUGUUUUUAUAUUCUGGUUUUAUUUGCUUUUACUGUUAAUAGUCUGUUGUUUUAUUUCUUUGCUCCUUUUUACAUUUUCCAUUUACCUGACUAUUUUAACUUGUGUUUUCUUGCUUGUUUUUUGUGCAGCGCUUUGUAUGGUUGUAAUGCCGUGUUGAAAGCGCUAUAUAAAUAAAGUGGUAUGGUAUGGUAUUUCCUCCUGCAAGUUUUAUUAGACUGCUGGAGAAAGGCACCAGCCCCCUGCAGCCCUGUGCGGAUAAGUACAGCACAGAAAAUGGAUGGAAGGAAGUUUUAUUAGUCAGAAACUGAACAAGAGCAGGAUCCAGAUCCAGAACUUUGGUCUUUUAUGCACACUGUUGGGUAUUUUCUAUAUGUUCCUUUUUGAGUUUUAAAGAACGUCUGCGCUCUUCUGUAAAGCUUACUGUUAUCGAGUCUUAAAAAAACGUCUGCUCCUGUAAGCUCAUUGUUAUCUCUGUUAUCUCUGGAAUGUGGUGUCCUGGGAGAUGAAGAGCCUGUAAGUCUGUAACUUGAGAAGGCCCGCCUUCUCUGUCCUGGUUGUCAAUAAAACCCCUGUGAAACUGAGGAGUGACAGAGAGACUUGGGAACAGCUCCGGAGGGGGUUGUCCCUGCGUCUUCUCUCCACUGUUUGGCAACACAGUGUAAAAUGAAAUCCUCUUUGUGUAUGUGUGUUUAUUUCAGGUUCAAGGGUCAUGGAAAAUACAAAUGAUCAAUCUAAUCCCUCUGUGUGUGCUUUGACUUAUAUGGGAGUAAUAUAAAAAUUACCUAACACACACUGUUUGUAUAAGAAAUCCACAGUGAACCCGUUAAAUAAAAAAAUAUGUCCAACAUCCUACAAGUUUGUUUUUGUGCUUCUUAGCUGCUGGUUAGCAUUUCUUUUUUUGCUUUGACAAACCUAGCUUAGCUGCUGGUGUCGGGGUCAGCUUGCAGCCUACUAGUUAGUGUGUAUGCAGGCAGGCUGGAUCAUUACGUUUACGAAGUAUGUGGAGCAGAGCUCUCGCCUCUCGUGAGUGAGCUGAUUUAAUUUUCAGAGGCAAAGUGGAUGCUGUAACCACUUUUUGCCAUGUGGAUGAGCAAAACAUACAAAAAUAAAUCAAAUUAACUGUGGAAAAACAACUUUUUUCACCCACACAUAAAUUUUACAUUCAGUUUAAUUGCAGAACACUUAUGUUACUUUAUGUUGUAACCAAGCCCCCACAAUGCGGCUCUAAAAUUGAGGCAAACCCGCAAGAACCAAAAAUUGCAGUUCCACCCUCAUCCACUAGGGGCUGGUGUCAGAAGCAAGCAAAUCCUCAUUGACUCCCAUGUUAAAAAUACCAAUUUCACAACAGAAAUAAACAUGUUUACAGCCUGGUUCCAAAACAUGUUUUUGGUUUAAAUGAUCUAGUUUA